AUGCAGUCAGGGUUCCAUCUUAGUGGUACGGUCAGUGAACCCAGCGGUCAACUAUACGAGCCAGAGCAGAGGCAUAGGGUAUCGAUAAGCUUCGAUCGCUGCAAGAUCACGGCGGUGACCUGCACCUGCGGCAACCGCGACAUCUUCUGGUGCCAACAUGUGGUGGCGCUCUCACUUCACAGAAUCCGGCGGGCGCGGGAAGUCCAGCUGCGCCUGCCCAUCUCCGAGACGUUGCUUCAGAUGGAUCGGGAACAACUCCAGAAAUUUGCUCAGUACCUCAUCGCCGCACAUCACACAAAUGUCCUGCCAACGGCGCAAAAACUCGCAGACGAGAUCCUGCAGUCAAAGUCAGAAAUCAACCAGCUCGCAGGUGCACCUGACCCUACAGCUGGAGCCAGUAUAGAUGACGAUAGCUGUUGGCAUCUCGACGAAGAACAGGUCCAAGAACAGGUCAAACUCUAUCUACAGCAGGGAAGCUAUUAUGACUCGGGGAAACAACUUAACUCAUUAUUUGCCAAGGUACGAGAAAUGUUACGGGUUAGAGACUCCAACGGAGCACGCAUGUUAACGUUAAUCACAGAACAGUUCAUGGUAGACCCUAGGUUGCAACUAUGGAGACAACAGGGGACGCCCAUGACAGACAAACACAGACAACUCUGGGACCAACUAGACCCAUAUCAUAUAAAUUACAAUCCUAAACCUGCUUGUUCCGUAAAAGAUGAUGGAGGAACUGCUACAGAACCACCUGUUCAGUACCUGAGAACUACAGAAUGUGGUCUCUGUAUUGCUUCCUUUUCCAGCCUCUGUGAUGUCUCUGUUUUGGAGUUGAAGAUUCAUGUUGUCUUUUGA